UCUCUCAUCUGUCUUAGAAAAUAAAAAUAUAUACCAUAGAGAUAACUAUUAUUAUUAAAUGUAAUAUCAUUUAUUUUACUUCCGUCUCGUUUCUCUCAAAACGGGAAAUUAUACUAAUGAGAAGCUAUUUACAUUAUAAAAGAAUAUUAAAAAAGGCAAAUAAAACUAUUUUUAUUACCACUUGACAAUAACAUGGAGUUCACUCCAGAACUAUCCGCUUUUCAAGGAAUUAUUAUAACUGCGGACAGCGUAUAUUCUUUCUCCAAAUUGAAAGAACGAGGAGGCAAUGAAGAAAAAAUUGAAUAUGUCGUAGACAACUUACGAAACUUUUUACAGAAAGGAAUGUACAUGCGAGAAAAUGGAGUUUUGGAGGAAAAUACUCAAAACCGCAAGUUUGCUUUUUAUAUUUGUCUAAAUUCAGAUUUACCAAUUCUAGAAGAACUGAUUGACUUGGAUGGCAUUGCUUUUCUAAUUUGGACUAUACCCACUGUGUCUAAAUGUCUCAUGUGUGAAAUAUUUUGGAAACUCCACAUGGACAAAUUUAUCUAUGAAAUACUAGUUUUCACCUGCCCUCUGUUAUCCUUGGAGGUAGCGGAAGCAUUAUUAGUCCACUUCAAGUAUUUUGAUCCCACAGAAUGUAUGCAAAAAUUAAAAAUGUUGAGUCUAGGAUGUUACAGAAUGAUAUGCAGAUUAAUAUAUUUUAAUUUAGAAGGGGAUGAAAUAACUCGCAGCUUCAACAAUUUCCAAAAGUGUCUUAAUUAUUUUUCUGAGCCACCAAAUUGUAGUAAAUUGGAUAGAUUGAGUACAGAUGAUGAGUACAAGUAUAUUGGAAACCGUCUGCAUGAAAUGCUUCAGCUGGUAUCUGAAUGCUUUAAUCAUUAUAUGAGCCCACAAAAAUUUAAGCCAAUAGACUUCCAUGAUCUUUAUGAAUUAAGUUAUAGAGAUGGAAUUGUCAUUAAUGAGCAAUCUGCUGUUCCUAUAAGCCAAUGUAACAACAGUGAUGUAUUAGAAAGUAUAAACAAUUGUAAUAUAGCUCUAUUGGAUAAAUGUAAAACCCUCAUAAUGGAAGUAAGUGUAGAGAUAUUUUGUGCGUGGAGUGAAUUUGAAGAAAAUGGACAAAGCAUGCAGCAAACCAUUGGCGAGUUAUGUUACAAUGUUCACACAGAUCUGUGUAAAAUCAAUGGUGUGUCAGAUCAUGCAGUUGUUGCUAUGCUACAGCAAAUUUCUUGUAAGCCUAUGGACUUGGCUGAAGUUAUCAAUAAAUCUGACACUACUGCUAUCAUACAAAACAUAAAUAAAGAGGAUAAUGAAAGUACUCACUGGAUUAAAGCAUUAUUAUAUAAAGAAAAUCUGUGUGAGGAUAUAAAUUUGAUUGCGCAAGUCACUUCCCAUUUAGAAGCUUUCAAUGAAGUUGAGUGCUACAAAUUAUUUAAAAUUGUGUACAGUCAUCUUAAGGAUAGUGUUGAAAACAAAGAAAUGCUACUAUUAUUAGCAAUCAAAGCAUUUCAAUGCUGUUCUAGUAAUAAUAAGUAUGAAAUAGUUGAUGAACAUUAUGGCAAUGGUAGUUUCAAUGACAAUUUGCAAACUACAGAAUUCAACAAUAUGAUGACAGAGAUAUUUAAUAAAUUAAUCAUUUCUCCAGAUGCAGAUUUGUCAGAUAUCUUGACUGUAUUCUUACAGAAUCCUAGAAAAGUGUACAGCAAGAUAUUUCAUCUGGCAAGUGAAAAUAUGCAUCAAACUGAAAUAAUGCUUAAAGUUAUGAAAUGUUUAGAAAAAUAUUCUAAACAUUAUUAUGAUGAGGGUCUGGAACCUUGUAUAGUAUUAGUGUCUAAGGAGAUAAUAGCAAGUGAUCUGGACACUGAAGAUAAGCAAAACAAUUUUAUAUGUUUUUUGAAAAACUUAAAAUCAGCAAAUGCAAUACCUGGGCCAAUGUUACUGUUGUUAAUAAUCAUGCCAAACUUACACAGUGGACUUGUACACAAGGACAUUACUCAGAUCUGUAUUCAAUGUAAGCUUUUACAGGCAGCGUACACAUUUGAUGAGUUGAGAGAAUACAGAGCGCCUACAUUGGCCAUGCUAGCUCAGGCAUUGGAUACUGUCCGCUGGAAGAUGAACACGUAUGUUGCACAAGCACCAUCUACGCUAGAACUAGUGCUGCAGCUGCAAUUAGUAUUAAACACCAAUGACAUGACAGAGAAAGAAAGCACAUGGCUCAAAAGCAAGUUAAGGAAUAUAAAUCCUUUGAACAUUUACUACUUCAGACGACUUUGGAAUCCUCCGGGAAAUACCUUUGUUGAAGUCAUUAGUGGAAUGCACAUACACAAGGAUAUGGAUAUAGAACAUUUGUCAUUGUGGCUCUCACAGACACUAAGUUCCACUAUACUUCAAGAAUGGUACCAAAUAUGGGACAGUCUUUGUACAGUAUUUGAAAAUGUGAAAAUAUUAGAUGUAUUUCAUGAUGCAUUAUUAUUACUAUGUGUAGCAGAAAAAUCAAACCAUACAGAGUCUACAAAAGCGUGUCUAAUGUACUGUAUGAAAAACUUUGUUGCUACCACAAGGUACAAAUUUUUCAAAGUGCCACUAAGUGAUAGUCAAGUGAUAGCAGUGUUCGAAAAAUUUGCAAUAAUCCAAAACGCAGCAAAGGAAAGCUAUAUUGAAGAAUUAGCAACUAUUUUUCUACCGCUUUUUGCUUAUAUAGCCGAGAAAAAAGAGGAUCUUUCUGCCGGUUUGCCACAGACUUUAGUGAGAAAGUUCAAACAUACAGAUAUGAUAAAAAAUCUUUAUCUAACAAAAGUAUCAAAAUAAAACAUAAUUUACCAAUAUCUUUAUUUUCUUUUCCAUUUUCUUUGAAAUAAGUUGACUACAUUGCUUAGUAUUUUCAUGCGAUCACUUAACCACUAUACUUAUUAUAGCAGAUUGAACUUGAUGCAGCACAGUCAACGCACUUUGUUUGUGGGAUAUAGCUUUUCCAAAAAUAUGACGCGAAAAUAGGGAAUGAUUUUAUUUUGUGUAUAUUUUGGGAUUAUCGAGGACACAUUUACAAAGAAAAAUUAGAUAUGUCGCAGCGAAAACGCAUAAACCGGGAGUUAGUCAUAUAGUUUGUAUAUCCCUAUAGUAUAUACAAACUAUUUGUAUAUCCCGGGAGUUAAUAUAUCCCUUAGGGAUGUUAAACGAAAACUCAAUUAUAGGUUCUAUUUCUUCCUUCUUGCUCUGGGAUUUUGUGAUAACAUCGAAUGUGGUUCAAAACAU